GCGACGGCGUAAUGUAAACACAGGCAGCCGUCAGGGAAGGCAGGGACGGCACGGCUGCAGAUGAUAGAGGCCCCACCAGGAAGUGCAGCAAUAUUACUUCAGCACCAGACAGUAGCAGUAGCACUACCAAAAUGAACAAAUAAUGAAGAAAUAAAGUCAGGGAGUUAUGUCUCGCUGGAAAAAGAAAUCAUAUGACGGAAUCCACAAUUAUGUAGAGAAAAUAGAGGAUGUUUUAUUGAGCGAGAGUUCCUGGUCCACCACUGACUCGGAGUGCUCGGGUUGUAUUCACUUGAGUAGGGAAGAGAGCUUGCAGAGUGAGGGCUUUAGUGGCCCAGGACUGGAACUGGCAACUCUUCCUCCCAUUCAGACAUUGGACAAUAGUUCUGCUUGGAAUAUCCAUAGCAAUGCCAACUGCAUCCAUAGUGCAAGCAGCCAUUGUAUGGUGGCAGGGGGACUGAGGACUUCUGUUGGUCACACUGCAGCUCCGUAUUCCUCUUUGGACAUAAGAGGCGGCAUGUUGCAGCAGCUGUCAUUGCUUGCUGCCGGUGCUCAGCCGUGGCACCACAACAUAUGCACUGCACACUCACGUCGCUUUGCCUAUGCUGCAACACUUGCUAUAUACGUCUAUGAGGCUGAGGAAGGGAGUAAUGAGUGGCAGCUGUUCAGUAUCCUGGCUGACCACCGUAAGACCAUCACUUGUCUGGACUGGCAUCCUUGCAGUGAAGACCUCUUGGCCAGUGCUGCAUUAGAUCAACGUGUCUGUGUUUGGAGUGUGAGCAGGCAGUGUGUGCUGUAUGCCAUCAACAUAUGUAGGGUACCAACAGUGGUAGCUUGGUGCACUGGCCACAGGGACUUGCUGUCGUUCUCUACUCAAGUUGGGCCUCUUCAGCUGUGGGAUUAUGCUGAAAACAGCGAGCCAUUUCCCUUCAGGGAGGACUAUGGUUACCCCCAUGCCAUUGUUUCCUACCGCUGGCAUCCCUCUGUUCCUGGAAGACUUGUGGUGGGACAUAAUGAUGGAAAAAUUACAGUUUACAGAGAAGACCUGGGGAAGUCACGCUAUUCUGCCUUCCCUGAUGGUGGAGAAGACACAGAUGACCACAACUUAGUCACUCUGGAGUGGGAUACCUGCUCCCCAGACUACAUUCUGGUGGCAUACCGUGGUGGAGCGCUGUGGCUGGUGGAUAUCAACACCAUGCGGGUCAUCACUAAAUACAUCUUGCCUGUCUCUGCCAGCAUCAGCACUCUGGCCUGGCUACCAGAUGCACCAGGAAUGUUUGUAACGGGAGAUGCUGAGAAAGGUAUUCUUCGAGUGUGGACUGUCAACAAGUCUACGCCUGUGGAGACCUGUGUGUUGAAGGAUACAGGCUUUCAUGUCCUCUGUGCUACAAGAGUGGAGAGAGUCCCUGUAACACAGAAAAUACACCAAGACCUGAGCAAUGAUCUUGUCAGUGAGAGGAAGGGAUUAAUGGUUCCAAAUGUAGCCAUUGUAACUCUCUUCAAGGACGGUGGUGUUGGUCUCUACCACCUCAGAAGAAAGCAAUGGAUAUUCAAUCGAGAACAUGGACACACUGAGACAAUAUUUGACUGCAGUUUUAAGCCUGAAGAUAGUGAUUUGUUGGCAACUGGAUCCUUUGAUGGCUCAAUUAAGAUAUGGAGGAUAGAUACACUAGAAGCUGUUGAUACCUUACCCAACUGCAGCACCAUCAUUUACUCAGUGUCGUGGGCACCAGCUGACCUCAACUGUAUAGUGGCUGGCACCUCAGGGGGUGAUGUGUUUAUCUGGGAUGUAGGAAAACACAAAAUACUACAAGACAUCACUUCACACAAGGAUAAGAAGGUGUUUUGUGUCACAUGGAAUCAGAAAGAUGCAAGACGAAUAGCAUCAGCAGGAGAGUCUGGGUUCUGUUAUGUGCACCAGGUGAGCGGAACGCUGCUGCAGGAUUACCGUCAUCCUGGCCCUGUCUAUGGGUGUGACUGGCGUGACGCAGAUGUAUUGGCCACAGGCUGCGAGGAUGGCAGGAUACGGAUCUUUUGUGUCACUAAGAAUAGGAAAGACCCUGUGACAGAGCUGAAAGCUCAUGCAAAAAAGGUGUUCCGUGUAAAAUGGAACCCUGUUUAUGAUGACAUUCUGUGCAGUGGGAGUGAUGACUCUUCUGUUCGAAUAUGGUCUUACUCAAAGGCCCAGUGUCUCAACAUCUUGGUGGGUCACUCUGAUCAUGUACGGGGCCUUGUAUGGUGUCCAGAGGUGCCAUUCCUUCUUAUAUCUGGGUCCUGGGACCGCACCAUGAGGGUGUGGGAUGCCCGCCAUGCCGCUUGUCUUGAUGUGGUGCUGGAUCAUGGAGCAGAUGUCUAUGGAUUAAGUAUACAUCCAGUGCGGCCAUUCCUGCUGGCUUCAUGCUCUCGAGAUUCAACAAUGAGACUUUGGUCUUUGGCUUCAUUUGUGGCACCACUCUACUUGAAGGUUCUGGCAGGGGGACCAGAUGAUGAAAUAAUCAAAAUUAAUGAACCAAAGACUUUCUCAUCUGGUCUGCAUCUGUGUGGUCUUCGAGCUCACCACCUCCAGGCAGCUCUUCAAAAAACAGAUGCAUCAUGUCAGCCCAACAAAAAGCUGAAGCUCUUUGCAGAUUUGUUCUGUGGAGAUGUGAGAGUGAGGAACCUUUGGGAUCUUGUUUACAUCUUGCAGGGACACACUGACAUCUCUUUGCUCUCACCCAAUUACACUCAGUCCAUCAUGCACCAUUCUCACAUAAUCAAGUGCUCUUUGGCUUUGGCUGCAGAACAAGAGAUGGAUGCCAGUAGAGGCCAAGGUGUUGCUGGUAGGAAACACUCCACUGCUGAGAGCCAGGAGGCACUGGCAGAGUCAUACUUGAGGUGUGGAGCUGUCCAGCAGUACUGUGAGCUGAUGACACGUCUCCAUCAGUGGGACCAUGCCCUUGCUCUGGCUCCAGCUGUCUCAGUGGACUACUGGCAUAAGCUGAUGACCAGGCAUGCAGAGCAGCUUUUGAGUGAUGAUAACGAAGCGUGUGUCCCGUACCUCUUGGCCACUCGUGAUGCAGAUAAACUCAUCAAUUUUCACAUUGGCCGAGGACACCUUGACAAAGCAUUCGCAGAAUGUAUAGCACUUAGCAAGAUGAACCAAAACAAUCGCAAAGCUACUCCCCCUGAAGUACCUCCAAGAGCAGUGUCAGCAGAAAUCAAUGGCUUCAGCCUGGUGCAGGGGAGGACUGUCGAGUGUGCACGGCUGGUGGCUCAAUGGCAUCUCUUGCAUGGUGCUCCCAUCAUUGCCUCCUGUGCCCUCCUGGCUGUUGAUGAUAUCAAGGGUGCCUUAUCAGUGCUUCUUCAAGGACACGAAUUAGAGUUGGUCGUUGCAGUUGGCCGCCUUCUAGGAUCUGAAGUUCCACAAGGAGACAACACUGAUGCAGAAGAAAUCAAUUGUGUUGUAGAGACGGCAGUGCGCUACCUCACUUACCGUGCCAUUCGACUUUCUCUGUGGGAUUUAGCAAUCGAACUUGCUCAAACGCUGCCAGAAGGUGUGAAUCAGACCAUUUUGAAGGUUGAGGUGAUCCUGUCUCACACGGGUACACAACAGGAGCGUGACACCCUCUAUGAGAGUGCUAAAUUUCCUCCUCCAGCUGAGUGCUUUGACAAAGCUGUUGGUUCUGUACAGGAUCAAGUUCUUUACUUAUUGCUCUCAACACAGCCACAAAAAGGGAUUUCAAGGAGCAUAGAAUUUUUGGAAGAACAAAUAAGUGGAGGGAACCUUGACCGGAGCAGUGUUUGGUAUGUUCUGCGACUGGUGCAGGCAGUGCCUCUGGUUCAUAACACUGGGAAGUGGGCUGUUCCGGGGGAGGAGCGAGGAGCACUGCUGGCACUCUCUGCCUACCUGGGAGCUGUGAAGGCAGCCAUGCUGAAAUAUACCACUAUUGUGCCCUACCUCCUCAGUCAUGCUAGCUACAUCCUUGAGAAGCAUCGACCUGCAGGAUGUGAAUUUCUUUCAGAACACAUUAAUACAGCAAAGACAAAAUGGGAAAAAGAAGACUGUAACUGGGACAUUGAUAUCAGCCAGGACUUUGGCUUAUGGUGUGAUGUUGGCAUUACAAGAGUGAGUGGGUCUCAUUUGCCUCGUCAUUCAGAUUCUCAGACAUGUUGUAUCACCAAUCAGAUCAUAAAGGGACCCAGUUACUUUUUAGAGAAUGGAGAGUCAUCCAUGGGGCAGAAUGAUGCCCUAAUGUGGGCCAAGGUCCACCCUUACUCACCAAUGGGCACUGGGUAUCGACUCAAUCCAUUUUGAUCUGCAGCUUAGCCUGUAUAGCCCACAGAGUCACCAUCCAUUCAGGAGGAAGAGAUAAGUGAAGGGAAUUAUCUUUACUUGUAUCACUGAGUAUAUGUUGAAAGCUGAAUCACUUGGAAGAUGUAAUGGUUUUAUUGAUCUAUUUAGCCUUUUAAGGAAUGUGUAUCUAGUAAGCCUUAAUUUCUAAAUACUCCUUUGAUAUAUCUUUUUUUCAUAAGUGAUUAACUUGUAAAGUGAACUUGCACAUGAUAAUUGUAAUGUUUAAGUUCAGAUGGAAGUGUGUCAACUCUACUCAAAAGAUAUGGGUUAUAUCUGGACAGUAAGUGCAUUGGAUGAUAUGUCAGAAUAACCUCAUAUUUUAAAUAUUUUCAAUGCUUAUACACUCAUGUUCAUGCAUAUUUUUCACUAUCCAUUCCCUCAUUUUUAUAAUAUGUCAAAUGUAUCUUAAUGCUGUCAGUCAAGUAUGUAAUGGAGCAUAUGCCUGUCAGGUUGCCAGCAGUGGUCUCUCACACUAAUACUAAUAAUAGAAAACAUGUGCACAAGGUGAGCAUUUACCCCCCUCUCCAAGUGAUAUGUAGUAUAUUUGAGGUAAUAGUCUAACUGUUACUCAUUGUUAAGUGCAGUGAACUUUUGUUAAGGUGUGAGUAAAGACAAAUGUUGGCAUGCAUGUUGAGAUAAUCAUUCUGUUAAUGACUUAGGUGGUCCAAAACUCUUGACUGUGGUGUUAUUAGGGUGUUCUUUUCCUGUUCUUUUAACCAGUUUAGUGACUAUUUCACUAGUCUUGUUGCCUCAUGUAACUACUGACUAUGCUGUUUUUUCUUUCUAGUAUAAUGAUAGUAUGUGCUUUUGCCAUUGUGUUAGGUAAAAUAUAAGCUAAUUUUCAACAUUGAUAAAACUCACCUGGAAUAAAAAUCCAGGUUAGGUAUGAGUCCAUCCAUAGAUGAAGCAGCCUUAACGUGAUACUUAACUUUCAGUAGGAGAUUUAUAACAACUUGAGGUGUGUUGCAUCAGCAAAGUGAUUGUUGAAGUUGAAGCAGCUGUAGUUGUUGUUUGUGAUAGCACCUGCAACCUCCUCACUCUAACCCACCAUGUGUGCCACCAGGCUGUUGGCUUGUUCCGCCCGGCCUCAGCUGGUGCGGGUAGGUGUUGUGUUUAGAGCAGUGCCUAUUGAAUCUACUUCAACCAACUAAGUGUAUUUCUUUAUCAGCUUACAGAUUGAUUACAGGUGAUGUAUGUGUAGCAAACAGGGAAGAUUAAGUCACUGUCACUGCAAAAUGUGAAUACUGCAUGUAGCUUCAAUUAAUUCUUUUAGGAACAUCACAAUGAUAAUGAAUUUACACACCUCCUGCUUCCUUACCUCCAUUUACCUGUUUGUUGUUGUUUGUUGUUUAUUGACUUUAAAAACUGUGAUUGCCCUCCAGGCCAUUGGAUCCUAGUAUUGUGUCAGGGAACUGUAAUGUUGCUAAGAACUGUGAUUGCUCUCUAGGUCAGUGGAUCCCUGUAUUGUGUCAGGAUAUUGUACUGUUGCUAAGAACUGUGAUUGGUUUUCUAGCUGGCAGAUCCUUUCAUCAUGUCUGGGAACUGUAACAGUGCUUGCAAUUAUUCAAACAGGAUCAGACACAAAAGUCUGAGAUGAGGUUUUUUUUUUAUUUAGUUUUUUUAUUUAUUUAUUUAUUUAUUUAUUUAUUUAUUUAUUCUUUUCAUCCAGAAGCUGUGGAAUAAGAUGUGCUUUCCUUUCUAACAGAAACAGCUUUUUCUGAUCCACUGAACUUUGAGGAGCAGGAGUCAAGCCUUUAUAGGAUGUGAUGCAUCUCUCCAUUGAUGCAAGUUUCUCUAAUCCCUUUCCUUCUUUCCACUGAUCCAGUACACAUUUACAAGAUGUUUUCAAGCACAAAUGAAUAGUAACCAUAAUAUGAAUAAUUUACUGAAUAUAAAAGUUUUAUAUGUUCUUAUAACUUAUACACAACAUUUGUAUUUCACCAGUUGUCUUGCAUAUGAAGUACUCAUAGUAUCCACUCCUGAUAAAGAAAACAAUAGCAAUGAUUUCACACCUGCCAUCAUCUAGAACCUUUUAGCCUACCAUCUAGUCUAAGAUAUAGUUAAUUUCACAUGCUUUAUUCUCCAUAAUUGUAAAUACUUUCCAUGUCCAGACACCCUCACUUCAUAGCAGUAUUUCAGGUGAUUUCUCUUUUUAGAAGUGUCAUAAUUUACUAAUUGUUUCUGGAUGAAAUUUUGGAACAAAAAAUACUCAAUAUUAAAGUGCCAUGGAUCUAUAUUGAUUUAUUGAUUGUUAGUAGUGCCUGACAUGGGUUGUUAAUUGUGAAUUGUAAUAUUUUAUUGUAAAUAUGAAAACCUAUGCAUUUUAAGGCCUUAUAACUUAAGAAAUGUGUACAAAAUGUACUUUUCAAUUAAUUGCAUACCACGAGCUUGCUUCAUAAAUACAUGAUCAUA